CCCUGAGUUUGCAUAUGCAAAAUGAUUGCUGAACUUUCUUUGUCUUCUCUCUGCUGGGCAUAAAAGUCGGGCAGAACUUGCCGAUUGUUUCAGUUGGGUUUCUACGCGAUCACGCAAAAGAUCAUCGAGAAAAUGAAAUCGUUUGGGAACUUCGGGGCAUUCUGCCUACUCAUCCUCGUCGCGGGUCUCAGUGCUGGAGUUGAAGCUCGGCGGUUGGCCCUGCGUCCGUUGUCGGUGCGGGAGCUGCGCGCUGCCCUGAGGGAGACAGGUCUGGAUGAAGAUUCCGAGGCUGGAAGAUCGCUUUCCUCUGCUUUGGCUGGCAUCACAGGCUUCGCUCUGGGCAUCACCAAGGGCGUCGGUGGCUCCCUACUCUUUGACGUGAUCACCUCGAAUGACACAAUCCAGUAUGUCACCAAUCUGCUGAACACCACCUCCUCCUCAACGACGGGGAGCACUGGCACUGCUCAGGAGAUCUGCUUCAAGAGCCGCAGUGCCGAUGGAGAGACCAUCAGUGGACGGAGUAGCAAUAACAGAGAUUCGAGUGAUGAUCUAGUCUACAGCGAUCCCAUUAGUUCAGAGCUGUCCGGUGAGGAGCGACAGUUGGGCGCAGGGACUGGCACCGGCACGGGGUCAUCCGGUGGAGGCGUCACCUGCAUUGUGCUCAACUCUGGAGUCAGGCGGCGACGUCAGCUGGUGGCACGCCCUGAUACGACUGCAAACACUCGCAACCGCAGGCGAUUCCGGCGCCAGUCUAAGCGGCGUGUCGACCAGAGGGUUCGCUGAGCACAGACUUUGAACUUAGACGACCCCUAACCUACUUUAAGCUAUCUCUUAUUUAUUGAUUUCGAUUAGUUUAUUAAAUUUUAAUUGUUCCGCACGUGGGCGCGCUGUUAUAUAUGGUCGGAUGACACAGGCAAAAACCUACAUUGACAUAUUUUAUGAUUUGCUGACAUGCACUCUGACGACAUUCCACACUCGACG